AUGAAGGGAUUGGUCAAGGAUCUUCGCGACAACUUCAGCGAUUCUUCCGAAGUGAAGAAGUCCAUGAAGGAUCUAGACGACCAGGUUCAGAAGAUGGAGUUUCAGUAUGAGAAAUGCAAUGAAAUCCAAGCAGCAUGUUCUUCAGCAGUGCGGACAGCCCGGAAUCUGGUCCGGGAUUUGGGCAACUCUGCCAGAGCUAGUGGAGGGCUCGUCGAGCUUUCGAAGUGUAGCGACAGGAAUGCUGAAAGGGAUUCUCACCGAUUGCUUACGAAGCGACUGCACCUGAGCCUUGAAACACAUGUGCCACUGCGCAGUUUGAUGCAUUGUGGCAACAAGUUGACAAUUCUGCACCUCCAAGACUGGAUCCGAUUUUUGCUGGUCAAGAAUUGCUUUCAUAUUCUUACAGGACUGGUUCGACCAGACGAGAUUCGACAAGAAGCAAUCCUACGGCAUUUCUGGGAGCGGUACAAGAUUUCGAAUGAGUCUCAUCCGAUAUAUGAAUUGGAACGGCAGGGAAAGAUUUCAUUGGAGCGAACCGCCCCAUUACUGUAUCACGGGGACGAAGGCAGAGGCCGCCGACGCUUGCCGUUUCUUGUCACAAGUUGGUCAUCCAUGCUAGGACGUGGAGCAGAACCAGCUGAUCGAUUUCGCAAGAAGCACGGUGUUCGCAAAGAGUACAUCAAACAUCGGACAAAUUUCCGGGGGCACUCGUUCACGAACCGGUUUCUCCAGGCUGGAUGGCCAAAGAAGGUCUACGAGGAAGAAGGUGCCUUCGACAGGCUGCUUCGAUGUUGUAAGCGUGACAACGAUGUUAUGCUUCACGAGGGUCUCGUGGACGAGAGGACCGGCAAAAAAUACUUUGCCAUAGUACUGGCGGUGGUGGGGGAUUGGCAAUGGCUUGCGAAAUCGGGAAAGCUUGCCCGUAACUACAACCAUGUUACGAAGAACUGCAAACAUGUCGAGAACCCUGAGGGGAUUUGUCAUUUAUGUCGAGCGGGACAACGAGACCAUCCUUUUGAGACUUUUCAGACACGAAGCCCUUCGUGGUUGCAGACCUUUUGUUUGCAAGACCCUUUUGUGGAGCACUCACCCCUGGCAAACUUGCCACACAUGCCUGGCCAAGCAGCAACGCUGUUCAAGUACGAUGUAUGGCACACAUGCCAUCUGGGAAUUUGCAAACCUUUGGCUGGUUCAGCAUUGGCUUUACUGAGCCUGACAUAUCCUGGCAGAAGCAAAGACGUGAAGAUGGAGCAGCUCUCCGACAACUUUAUGGACUGGUGCCAGCGCAACGGGCGCCAACCUUUGCUGACGAAGAUAACGAAGGACACGAUUUUGUGGGACAACAACGCCAACUUCCCCAGCGGAAGUUGGUACAAGGGUUCUCUUUCCACGACCAUGUGCGAGUACAUCGAGGAUGUGACGAAAGACAAGACUUUUGAUGAUGUGCUUUUGAUGAAAUGCAGUGAGGCCGUGCAGGCCUUGAACAAGUUUAUCACUGGCCUUUACCAGGCUGACGUGUUUUUGUCGAGCGAGCAAGCUUACACGCUGGGGGAAUACGGAUUGAAGUUUUUACGUCGAUACUCUUGGUGUGCAGGGGAAGCCGCUCGACAAUCCAGGUGUCUCUUCAUCAUUUUGCCAAAAAUGCAUUGCCUACAACACAUAUGUUUACAGGACCUCGUCCUUGCGUCCCAGCGCUUUGAUCUUGUCGUAAAUCCGCUGGUCCACAGCGUCCAACUAUGUGAGGACUUUGUGGGGCGAAAUUCCAGAACGAGCCGCAGAAUCCACCCGUCUACCUGUACUUUGCGUGCGGCACAACGCCACUUGCAGCUUGCUUACACGAAGUAUGUCGAAGCCGGAUAUCUGGUGGAUGACAGCGCACAAAACGAGAAGUAG